ACAACACUGGGAACACGACGAGAUGGCGACCUCUCUGCUGCGGUUAGGACGGCUGAGCUCUCUCAAGUGUCUGCGGUUGGAGAGCGUCCUCAGGACUCGCUCGGCCGCUGCGUUCUGCACUCAGACCGAAGAACCAGCGAAGAAGACGAAGGCUGCGAGAGAGACAGCAGAGGCUCCAGAUGAGAGAGCAGCUCUGAUAGCCUACAAGACCGCAGUUGCCUUCCCAGUUAAACUUUCACACCCCGGAGUUUUCCCAGCACAGUCUGUAGGUGCAGCAGGAACAGUCGCAGCAGCAGCAGCAGCAGAGUCUGUUAGUGCUGCCAGUGACGUUGCUGCAGCUCCAACCGCCACCUUAGAGUCAGCUCCAGCGCAUGACACUGCUCAGGUUAUCACUGAUGCAGCUCCAUCUGUAGCUGAUGCAGCUCCAUCUGUAGCUGAUGCAGCUCCAUCUGUAACUGAUGCAGCUCCAUCUGUAGCUGAUGCAGCUCCAUCUGUAACUGAUGCAGCUCCAUCUGUAGCUGAUGCAGCUCCAUCUGUAACUGAUGCAGCUCCAUCUGUAGCUGAUGCAGCUCCAUCUGUAACUGAUGCAGCUCCAUCUGUAGCUGAUGCAGCUCCAUCUGUAACUGAUGCAGCUCCAUCUGUAGCUGCAGAAGCAGUCGCAGCAGCAGCAGCAGCUGCAGAGCCUGUUUGUGCUGCCAGUGAAGCUGCUGCAGCUCCAGCAGCCACCUCAGAGCCAGAUGCUGCUCAGGUUAUCACUGAUGCAGCUCCACCUGUAGCAGACUCAGCUCCACCUGCUGCUGAGCCCCUGGUAGAUGCAGGCAGUAAAGACGACACUCCCGUCACAGCCGCCGCCACAGAUGACGCAGUCACAGCACAGGCGACCUCCUCUGAACCUGCAGAUCCAGCUGCUGACGGAUCGUCGUCGUCGUCCAGCGACUCUGAUUCUGACUCAGACUCAGACUCUGAUUCCGACUCUGAUGACGAGAAGACACAAGUGAAGACUGAAACCGGGACGCAGGCGCAGGAGGUGUCAGAAGAAAUCCAGGAGGUCACAUCAGAAGUGAAAGAAGAUGCUGAAGCAGCUAAGAAGGAAACUCCACCUGAACCUGAAGCUACUCUCACCUCCACUGCUGAGGCUGCUCCAGCAGCUGCUGCACACACAGAAGCAGCCGGUGUCAGUGCUGAAGAGUUAGUGGACUCUGCACCUGUAAUCUCCACCUCUACUGAAGCUACUCCAGAGAUCAGCGACACCAUCCCAGAAGUUUCAGCUGAGGCUGCAGCAGAACCUUCUGCAGAAGAUGUUGCAUCUCCUGCCGUCCCCAAAUCCCCUGUAGACACUCCAGUUGAAGUUGCGACCGAAGCUGCAACUCCAGAAGAAGCCCAGACUGACGCUCCUGUAGAAGCUGCAGAGGCUGUCCCUGCCGAAGCCGAAGCCACAGCAGCCGAGCCUGUAGAAGCUGAAGCUGCCCCCACUGAAGCUGCAGCUGAAGUUUCUGCCCCUGUGGAGAGCCCCGAAGAACUGGUUGACCCCGCUCCAGUAAUAGCUGAAGCUGCCGAAACCAUCACAGAAGCUGCUCCAGCCCCCGCAGAAGCCACCGCCGAAGCCGCCACAGAAGCCGCCACAGAAGCCCCCGCAGAAGCCCCCGCAGAAGCCGCCGUAAAAGCCCCUGCAGAAGCCGCUGUAGAAGCCGAGCCAGUAGGAGCUGCAGUGGCUGCCGAGGCUGCAGCUGAAGUUUCGGCCCCUGCAGACAGCACAGAGGAGCUGGUGGACGCCGCUCCGGUCGUGGCUGAAGCUGCAGGAGAGGAGCUGCAGGCGGAGGCCCCAGUCGAUCCGUCUGAGGGUACACACUACACCACCCUAUCCCCCCUAAAUCUCUACCUCUCCCCUCUUCUCCUUUAUGGAUCUUUUGAGCCCCCACAGUUCACCACACUUUUCUCUCCAUCCCUCAUAUAACACAUCCUGUGUAGAGUUCAGGUGUUAACCAGAUGUCACCUCCUUCACAUAGCUGCUGUUGCUUUCACAGCUUUUUAAAUAUCAUCCCUGGAUUCUCUUAACCACUCAUUGGCUUUCAGUUUGCUUUCUGUGCAUGAAGUGGAUGUAGUGCACAUGUAUGUACUUGAACCACGCUCGCAGGGCUUUCUGUUGCAUUUCUUCUUCUUCUUCAUGCAUCU